AUGAGUGCUAAUACUCGACGUGCUCUUAGUUUGAGUGACAAAAUAGGCAUUUUAGAAAAGUACGACCAUCUUCCCAAGAUGGGACAACGUGAAGCAUAAGUAAGCUAAACAUUUCACAAUCGGUAUUGGGUAGAAUAUUAAAAAAUAGGAAGACAUUGAAUGUGAAGCAUUACAAAAUAAGUUUUAAAGUCGAAAAAGGAAAAGGUGUGGAAAGGAUGAUACUGUUGAACGCGCUUUGAAAGAAUGGUUCGUAAAAGUUAGAAAUAAAGAUGCUCGCGUGUCAGGCCCAUUACUUUGCCAAAAAGCUGAAGAACUGGCAGAAAAAAUAAGGAAAGUUAAUUUUAAGGCAACAGAUGGGUGGUUCCAUCGGUGGAAAAAAAGAGAAAAUAUUUCUUUCCAAAAAACACAUGAAGAACAAGGUGACGCAGAUUUUGUUGGCACACAUUUUUGGCUAGAAAAUGAAUGGCCAUUUCUGAUCUCCGAAUAUUUACCUUCUGAUGUGUUUAAUGCUAAUGAAACUGGUUUAUACUUUAGAGCGCUAACUGAACAUACGCAUGUUUUUAAAAAAUGACAAAGCAAAAGGAACAAAAACUUGUAAAGAACGAAUGACGCUAAUGUGUUGUGCUAGUAUGACGGGAGAAAAAGAGAAACUGCGAAAGAGUAAGCAGCCUCGUUGUUUCAAAAGAGUUAAAGCUUUACCUGUGGAUUAUUCAGCAAAUAAAAAUGCAUAGAUGACCCAAGAAAUCUUUAGCCAGUGGUUGAUCAAGUGGGAUAACGAACUAAGCAGAAAAAUUUUGCUUUUGGUAGACAACUACACGGCUCAUAAUGUAAGUUUAAAUUUGAAGAAAAUAAAAUUGGUUUUUUUACUAGCUAAUAACACAUACUAAUUCAGCCUUGUGAUCAAAGAAUAAUUAAAGCUUAAAGCUUACUUUAGAUCAAAAAUAAGGAAAAGGAUAAUCACUCUCCUUGAUAAAACACUUGAAUAUGAGUCAACUUCAACUUUAAAGGCUAAUGAUCUAGCUAAGAAAAUUAACAUUCUUGAAGCUUUACACUUAGCAAAUGAACCAUGGAACAAUAUAAAUCAUGUGACUAUACGAAAUUUCUUUCGUCACGGAGGCUUCGUAAAAACUGAGGAAGAGGAAGAGAGGAGGAAGACAGGUCUAUUGAGACGCAGAAAGAACUCACUGACAAAACACAUGUGGAUUGGAUGAAUAUCGACAAUGAUCUUCAAACUUCUGAAGAGUAUUCUGAGGAUCAAAUUUGUCAGUCUAUCGCAAAUGAAUCGACCAUUAUCAGUAGAGAAAAAUGA